AUGGUGAGUGCUUUGGAGGCAGAUGUUGAACUCCAAACUUCAGCUUCGAAGUUUCUGCAGAUAUUUUCCACCAAAACAUAUGAGCUUGCCACUAUCUCCCCUGACAUCGUUCAAGUGUUGAAAUUGUUUCUGGUAAUGGGGCACUGCAGGCUUCUCCUUCGUCAUCAACUACACGUUAGGUCAGAUGGGAUGCCACAAGUGGCUAAGGAUGUGGUGGAAAGCAUAAACUUAAUAGACCUAUCAGCCGUAUUCAAAGUGAUAGAGGGAGAUCUGUUGGAUGUGUACGAUAGCUUCAAAUUUAUUCUGAAACUCACUCCAAAUGUACUGUCGGGAAGCGUAGUGCACUGGACUAUGGAAUAUGAGAAGCGAAGCGAUGACACUGCAGAUCCAACCUCGCUGAUGAAAGAGGUUAUUCAACUCUCCAAAGACGUUGAUGCUCACGUUGCCAACCUCAUCUAG